CCUCGUAGCCCCCCAAUCCCUGUGUAUCCAUGAGCCGAUCCAAACGUUGUUUAAAUGCCAUGAACAUAUCUGCUUUACUUCCGCCUCUGGCAGCACAUUUCAGGCGGACAACCCUUCUGUAUUAAAAACUGCCUCACAGAUCUCCUUUAAACUGUCCCUUCUAACAUUGAAGUAAUGGCUUCUAGUAUUUACGCAUUUAUUGUUUGAAACUAUACCUGAUUCCACCUUGUCUUAUUCUACUAAGACUCAUAAGCAUUCUAUUCUAACUUAAAAACAUACUGGAUCCAGGAUCUGUCUAAUGUCACCUUGUGUGUUUUGCACAGGCCCAGGACAGGAUCCAGAUUGUCCAUCAAACACUGCAUCACCUCCGCAGGAUCUACAGCAUGAAGCUGAGCUCAGUAACGUGGGUCCAGGCCACAGUGGAACACUUCACACUUCUCUUGGAUCGGCAGCUCAGAGAGCUGGAAGUCUGUGUCAAGAAAGCAAGCCCAGGGUCCAGGGCAAGGAAGAAUGCCACAGUUCUUAAAUAUUUUAAGGAUCUGACAAAGUUUCUGAAACAAAAGAGUGGCCACCUCUCCCGACAGUGUGGGACUGAGCGGCGGUCGUUGGAUUCCAAGCCCUUGGACCUGGUGAAACUUUCCACGGGAAUUCAUGCCCAGGACAGGAUCCAGAUUGUCCAUCAAACACUGCAUCACCUCCGCAGGAUCUACAGCAUGAAGCUGAGCUCAGUAACGUGGGUCCAGGCCACAGUGGAACACUUCACACUUCUCUUGGAUCGGCAGCUCAGAGAGCUGGAAGUCUGUGUCAAGAAAGCAAGCCCAGGGUCCAGGGCAAGGAAGAAUGCCACAGUUCUUAAAUAUUUUAAGGAUCUGACAAAGUUUCUGAAACAAAAGGGAUUCAGUGACUGUGCUCUGGGAAAUAACUUACACUGAGAGCAGGGCACAUUUACAACAGCUCCUUCUCAUCAUGGCAACAAUCAGCAAGGAAUACUGAAGAUUUUUUAAGACUGAAAGAAUUUUUAAGA